CAAAGAAGAAUAAUGUGCCUCUACAAACUUGUGUGUGUUUUCAUACUUACUACUGCCACAGUUAAGGGUAUUGUUUACCUCGGAUGUUAUAAGGAUAGCAGAGACAAACGUGUCCUCUCGAUUAAGCUGCCCGACUCUGACAAAAACACACCAGAGGAGUGUGCACGUCGUUGCAGUCAAUACAGAUAUGCUGGCGUGGAGUUCAAGCGAUUAUGCUUCUGUGGUGAUGUGCUGACCCAAACAAACCAGUUGGAAACGGAGUGUCGAGAAAAGUGUUCUGGAAACCGCAGCGAGAUAUGUGGCGAUAGUUGGUGGAUUAGCGUCUAUACAAAUUGGGCAUGUGGUCCACCGCCCGCAAUUGCAAACGGAAAUACAACGUUACACAAUGGUACUAAUGUGAGAUACGGUUUAAUUGCUGAUGUACACUGUUCCCCGGGCUUCAUCGGCAAACCUAACAUAACGUGCUUUUCUAACACAUCUUGGGAAAUAACAACUUGUGAGCAAUCAGGAACUGGCAACAAGUCUACAGAAAGCACAACAGCUAUUGGUGUAUAUAUCGGUGUGGCAAUUGGAAUACUGUGCACGGUCGGAGCAGUAGUUGUCAUGAUUGUACUAUGGAGAAGAGGUGUUCUGGCGUGCACAAAUGGGACAAAUACUGAGACAACUUAUACAACUAAUACCGGAUCACUCGCGAUUUCAAGCAGAUCGUAUGGUGAUACCGUUGAAACACCUAACUAUUUCAUACUAGAAAAACACGCGCAAUCAGUGGAGGACGCUGUCGGUCAUUAUAACACAGCAGAUGAACCAAACAAGGACAAUCGUGAUACCGAUAAUUAUAAUUCAAUCGACGAUGAACCUUAUCAUAUUGCGAAAGAUGACAACGAUGACUAUGACUACACAACCAAUGUCGUUAGCACCGGCCCUAAUAGCAGGAAGCCGGACACUGUAUAUAACAAACUCAAGAAAGACCGACCCGGAGACUACGAUCACGUAGGACGAGACGGGCAUAACGUAUCCCAAUCAGGCAACGACUAUGAUACAACGGCUUUGACGCGCAGGAACGACGGGGACAGCGACUAUAAUCAUAUCCCCCACCCUUGAAAUAAAACUUUUGCACAUGGGAGUGGAAUAAACGACAAUUAACACGUAGAGUAUGAUGUUAUCAAUAAAAAAAUAUCAGACUUACCCAGGCGAUACCGUGGAUUAUGCUUUCGUCAAAGUUUAGAAAGGGAAUAACUAAAUACGUAAUUGAA